GCUCUGUUUCCUGUCGUUCAGUAUUACUUUACAAGCCUUUGCAUUGYAUCGUGUGUUGACUUUGUUGAGUAUAUCUCCAAAAGCCCUUUUGUACCCAGGCUUGAUUUGGCAAAAUAUUUUUACAAAACAAACGACUUUAUCAAGGCCUCGUACUUUUUCGAGCUUGCACACAGGCACAAUGAAAGCGCAAAUUGCAUCUUUUCCUCUAAAUAUUUGAAAAACACUUACAAAGAAUUGGACAUUCCCGAUGACGCCGCAUGGUUUUCUUCCCAGUGCAUUUAUGACACAUUAUUUCCGGUUUCCUCAGAAGACUCAGAUAUGCUUGUGCUUCAAGAGGCAAGCUUGAAGGAUAAUGAGCAAAAGCACUUUCUGGCCUAUGAAAUUGCCCUUAAGCACCUCAAGCAGGACCAAUAUUCGUCCGCAUUUUGCUUUCUGGACUCGUAUUGUCAUCAGGCAAAGGAUUCUUGGAUUCCCCUGUUUAUUUGGGAUGCAUAUGCUGCCGCUGCGUGGAAACUGCAAACUUGGAACGUUCCGUUGAAGUUGGAAAUGGGUUCGUGUUCGACGCAAUUCAUUCCCUCGCUGUUCAACUCUGCGCUUUCAAAGCUUUCAGACACAAAGUCCAUUUUGAAUUCUUUCUCCAAAUCGCUGAUCAUUGAGCUUGAGAAUAACCAGGUUCUGCAUUCGGUCCGAUUCAAUAACUUGAACUUUUUCAACUUGCUAUUUACUUUUUCCGUAAACGCAGAGCUUCCUUUGCUGCUCAAAACAUAUGGACACAUUAGUUCUCCGCUGUUGAUAUGCGAAAAUUCGGAAAAAAUCCUGUUUUUCCACUACUUGGCAUCAAUGCUCUUCAAUUCUUCGACCCUGAUUCCGUACACCAUCAAAUCUUUAAAGCUAACGAGGAGCCUAAAGCUGCACAAUAUGUUUAGGUAUAUCUUUGAAAAAGCAAAGGUGAGCGACAAUAAGUGCGGCCUGCCCAUCUAUCCAAAGGCAACCCAAAUGCUGUAUCACCAAUGUAAAUAUUUGUGGGACAGAGAGCUGACCGAGGCUGCUGUGCACUCGCUUCAAAAACUCACGCUACCUUUUGAAAAGAUAUCGCAAACCGAUGAGUUUGAAAGGAAUCAGCAGAGCAAGCUAAGGCGACGGCUCUCGCAAUGGAAAUUAUCAAGCCAAUCCUACAACCUAAAUGACCUUCUGCCGAUCUUUAAUGAGGCCAUUCAGCUUUCCCCUAAAAACGAAAAAAACUACUAUGCCUUGGCAAACUUCCAGUUGCGUUUGUUUUCGAAUUUUAAAUACAACCAAAGCGACUGCUCUCGGGAAGAAAUUGAAUGGAUACUAAAUGCGAUGAAGAAUUUCGCGCGUGUCGUAAUCAUCGGAAAAAGCUUGACCAACGAAUCUUUUCCCAAGUUGCUCUCUUUUUGGCUCAAUGUGAAAAAUGAAGCGCUAUUUUCGUCCAUCCAUAAGGUGGUGAUCAGAUUGUUUGAACGCAUAACGCCGGCUCAAUUUUGCAGCCAGUUUACGCAUUUAAUUAGCCGCAUUUGUCAUGAGCGCCAAUGUGUCUCCGAUUUGAUAUCAAAAUGCAUACUGCUUCUGUUUAAGGACUAUCCGCAUACGGUUCUUUGGAACUUGCUCAGCGUUAGCAGGUCUUCUCACCCGCUGAGGGCCUCCAGAGCAAAUGACAUUUUACAAUCGGCAAAAGUCUUUCCCGGAAUGAUCUCAUUGGUGGAUACCGGGAUUAACUUUACCGAGGCGCUAAUACAUCUUUGCAAUGCCCAGGUUACGGCUACAUCAGCAUCCCUUCAAAAGGACUUUAAGUUUUUGAAGAAAUUGUUUCCCGUUAACAUCCAGCUUCCGAAUCUCCAUUGUUUGAAGUUCAAGUUUGAUGAUUCGCUUUUAAUUGUCGAUAUGCAGGAUAAAAUCGAAAUCAUGCUGUCCCUGCAAAGGCCAAAGAAACUUACCUUUUACGCAUGCAAUGGAAAUCCAUACAUUUUUUUGUGCAAGCCAAAGGAUGACUUGAGAAAAGAUUCUCGGUUCAUGGAAUAUUUGAUGUCCAUUGGCGAUCUUUUGUCCAGCAAUGCCGAGUCUUCAAAGAGAAAACUCACCGUGCGGCCUUAUGCUGCUGUCCCGCUAAAUGACGAAUGCGGGCUGAUAGAAUGGGUUCCUCACACCACCACAUACCGCUCUAUUUUGAACGGCAUUUAUGAGUCCAAAAAGAUGCUGGUGCCUCCAAAGCGGCUCAAAGAAAUCGCGGCGCUAAAGAAACCGGAGAGGGAUAUCUUUUGCGACCAUUUUCUGCCCCUUUUUCCAAAAGUAUUUUUCGAGUGGUUCUACUUUACGUGGAGCGAUCCUCAUCAAUGGCUGGUAUCUCGCCUAAAAUACACACAAACCCUGGCAAUUAUGAGUAUUGUUGGAUGGAUUAUUGGGCUUGGAGAUCGGCAUGGCGAAAAUAUCCUUUUGGACGCCGUGUCUGGAGAAAUCGUGCAUGUUGACUUUAACUGCCUUUUUGACAAGGGCCUUGCAUUUGCCAAGCCCGAAGUGGUCCCGUUCAGACUCACUCACAACAUGGUCGAUGCGAUGGGCAUUCCCCAAACAGAGGGCUCCUUUAAAAGAUGCUGUUCAAUUGUGCUUCAAAUCAUAAGGACAAACCGAACUUUUCUUUUGCGAAAUCUUGAAACCUUCGUGUACGAUCCCAUCAUCGAGUGGAGUGGAAAGCCAUCAAAGCUCAAUUCUGAAAACGACAGCGCAGAGGCUCGCAGAAUCCUUCACUCCAUCGAGUGUAAGGUGCGGGGGAUAGUUGGAAACAUUCCAAAGUCUGGAUUUUCGUUUUCAGAAGAGAUUUUAAGCCUCUCCAUUGAGGGGCAAGUUUCUGAGCUCAUCAAAGAGUCCACAUCGAUUGAGAACCUGUGUCGGAUGUACGUUGGAUGGGCGCCCUUCAUGUAG